AUUCGGAUGCGUGGUGUUCCGUAAUUUGUUUGCGCUGGUUUCACUUUGAAAUAGUUUUGUAAUAAUAGUCGGUGUGAAUGCAUGCUUAAACAACCUAUGCGGGAUUUCUUGAAAAAACGAGAUUCAGAUUGAUAUGACGUUAAAACUAUGAGAUGAAAGCUCUAAAACCUCUCCUUAAAUUCGGAACGAACGAAAAAUAGGACAAAAGUAGACAUUCCUUCAGAAAAUAAGAAGAAACAGAGCGAAAACGCAUCGUGAGGUCGCUGCUACUGUUCUCCGUAGGGAAAUAAUCGAGGCGUAUUCAUUUUUGUUUUUCUGCAGUUCAUGUAUUUACUGAAAACCUUCAGUAGUUGUAUAUUAGUUUUAUAAACCUGUAUUGAUUUUUGAAGUCUGUAAUGUUUGGAGCUCGAUUACCGUUUUUAAAAUAGACUUUGCUGAUAAUACGUGUUCUGGCAGAGUAUAUCAGUGAAUUACUGCCAUUUGCGAGAAACGGAACUCUAGACGUAAAUGACUUGAUCUCGGUUUCUGAACUUUCCUAUAAUAUCAGCCCGGAUGGUCAUUUCUAAAUGGGAGAAAAAGAUGAGGCACAAUAAUGUCAAGAUCGUCGGUCGUUAUGCGACCUUUUACCAUUUCGGUCUCUCUCCAUUGAACUGGUUUUUGCAAAAACGCCUCAUAUUUGAAAGAAGGACUCACUUCAUGAAUCCAAUAUUUCAAAAGAGGCCUCACAAAGUAGGGUGUAAUACUACAAACAUUUUUUCGUCCAACUGUUGAAACGACGUACGAAUACGCCAAGAGACUUUGAAACCUUUGACGUCGACUGCGUUGUAAGCACUCUCUGUUUGAGGUCGUUGAUUAUUAACACUCCUAGAUCCUUAAAGUCCAUUAAUUUAGGUAACACAACUCCAUAUGUUGUGUAGUGAUAUUGAUCGUGUCAUUUAUUAAUUUUCAUCCUCACGUUCUUGUUAGAGUUAACUUCUAAUGAUCACUUAUCCAUCUAUUCAACCAUUGAAGUUAGGUGAUCUCGUAAUAUUUAUCUAUUUGAACUACUAUUUAUGUGUCUCCAAAUCUUUAUGUCAUUUGAACAGAGUAAAACAGAUGAAUUUGCUGCGGUCAAUAAUUCGUUUAAAUAAGGUAAACUAAAGAGGACUAAGGAUUGUAUCUUGGGCAACUUCACACCGGUAGAGCCCCAUUUGUCCAUACCCGUUUUCUACUAUCGUUCAGAGAGUCACUUGUCCAGUUUAUGGUUUCAUAACGGAUCCUAACACCUUCCGGCUUUAACUACGGACUCACAUGAGAGACUUUGUCGAGGGCCUUACUUAAAUCUGUUAAAGUUACAUCUUCCAGAAUAUUUCUAUCUUUCGCUUCAGCCUAACCAUCUCUUGCAAUGAGCAGAUUUGUCGAGUAUGACAAGCCCUUCUAAAAUCAUUUUGUCCCCUAAUAUAAAGAUCAUGGCGUUUCACUAUUGAGAGCACGUAUUGAUAAUUAUAACCAUUGAAAAACUCAUCACCUAAAAUUGGUAAGUUUUAUAGAAUCUCCCUCUUUACUUAGGGUUUUUUUUAGAAAAUAACGAUUUGAUCCCGAUUCGGUAGUUGUAUGGGAAAGAAAAAUGACUUGACCCUCCAUAUUUUCUUCUUUAGUUACCAAAAUAAUGUUUAGCACUAAUUCGUUUAUUAACCAGCUAGGAAUGCUGUUCAUAGUGUUCAUUUUUGUGUUUUUAGAUGCCGUUUAUGAGUUCGUAUUUUUUAUUUCUCCGUUCCUCAACCUCUUAUAAACAGUGUUAUCACUAAAAGCUUACAAGUUUUUCGAUGAGCUGAUUGAUUAUAUCUGGCCUUGAUUUUACAAGGAUUUAAAAUUUUAAACGUUAUUAUCACCGAUGGCAAACAAUGAAGGCAGAAAUGGAGGGUUACAGAAAAGAAGACAUCCUCCACAACUGUUUCGACAAAUGGAGCAAGAUGAAGUCGCCUUCCCGUAGGUACAUUUUUGUAAUAAUAAGAUAUUUGUUUAUUUUUUCACAAGCUUUUAUACUAAAUUUGUGACUACCUAACAUGUAUUUGUUAAAUUUGCAGACUCAAUGUAACUCAAUGAUGUCUAUGAAAAAAACAUGACUUUUGUAAGGCUUGUGUGUUUAUGAAAAAUUGCUUUUUAACCCCUAAACGAUUUCACCUGUUCACGACUAAAGUAUUUUCACGUCAGGACUGAUGAAAUCAUUAAAUAAUUGCUCCGACGAAUGAAUUGUUAGCUUUGUGUUGUUCGCCAGUGUUUGUUGCACAAAAGUCAUGAAGUCAAAUUACUUCAUGUUGCUUAUUUCUUGUAACGUAAAAGUUGCUAUUCACAUCGUUUUGAAGAAUUAGGUUCUAUUUUAAAAAAGAUGACAGUUCUUGUUAUUAUAAGCUCUAUGAAUGCGUUUAUCAACUGAAAGUCUAUGAAGAAAUGUAAGUAAAAUCAAAGCUGACACUUUAUGACUUUUUACGUAAUGGAAAAAAACUUUUUUAGUAUUGAAGCCCACCACAUCAGCUGAAGGUUUUUAGAUUACUGGAGCCAGACAUCUUCUUAUUUAAGUUUGAUACUUGUACUUGCUUACAUAUGUCCCAAUUAAAUGCUUUACUGCUAUUUUUACCGUUGCCGAAAUGUAGACAGACUUCUUGCACUGAGGUAGAAGAAUAUAACCUGAAAAUUCCUGUAUCUGCCAAUCACAGCCAUCUUUCAACAAAAUCGAACAGCCAUGCACCAAGCAAUGCACAAACAGUUGCCGUAUCCAGCGACAAGCCCAUUUUUCAUUCAUCAGUAGCAGCUGUCAAGCGCCACCAUGGUAUUCAUCCUCGUUUCCCACCACCUGAAGACAGCCGAGCCAGCAGUAGUACUGGUAGUGCAACAACGGGAGGUACAAGUGUAGGUAGUCAAAGUAGUGGUGGUAAGGACAGCAGCAGUGGUAGUGAUAAAGCUAGGCUGGCUUGUUCAAGUGCACUAAAUAAAGGGACUAGAUGUGGUAGCAGUGCUUCAUCAUCGACUGAAGAAACCGAAGCACGUGAAAAACGCUUUGGUAGUGUAGAUUUACAUCCUUUGCCUAGCGUCGCAUUAACGGCUAUAAUGAAUCAAGCGAUGCGUCGUAGUUUCUAUGCUGAAUCUUCAGUUCAAAAUGCUGAACAACUUCAGUAUGCUACGUUACUAUCAGCUCAUAAAAAUUAUGGAGACUCUUCAGGUCCAAUUGAUGUAAAAAUGAACGCACCAUCUGUUCCACCAUCCAAAAGUGACUUGGUUAAUCUCUUUUCACAAACACCAGAACAUGCCAAUAUAAAUUCUGUGCCACCUUCUGUUCACAGUGCGACUAUUAAGAUCGAUUUGCCCAAGUUUAAUCAAAAUUUGCCAUUGCAUCUUAUCUCUCCUAAUUUAUGGCCACGAUUGAUUUGUCCAAUUCAUGGUGAUAAUUUAUUGGCUCAAUUUUCUCAAGCUUUAUGCAAAAGAAAAAAUGAUAUCAGUGAAACAGACAGUGAACAAGAAAUGUCUAAUUUACCAGUUCUAUCUACAAAAAAUGAACAAUCACUCACGAAUAUCACAUCAUCGACCCUAGGAGAGUCUAAACAAGAUUACAAUAAUAAUAACAGUUCAAAACAAGCAGCAAAUGCAACAAUAACUGCGCCGGUGCCCGGAACAAGUGUUUAUGGGAUUCCAACAAUGGGGUAUUUUAAUAACGUAUCUGAACCAAAUAACAAUAAUACUGUUCAACCGAAUGGUCCUCAACGUAUUGGUCCGUAUUAUUUAGGUUCCACACUCGGUCGGGGUAAUUUUGCUGUGGUGAAAUUGGGAAAACAUUCUCAACUAUCUGUAAAGGUUGCCAUCAAAAUUAUGAACAAAGAUUUGAUUGGUUCUAAAAAUCUUGGUAAAGUCUCUCGAGAACUUGAAGCGAUGAAACGUUGUCAACAUCCGCAUAUCAUCCGUCUUUAUCAUGUUAUGGAAACAGAAUCAAAUAUUUUCAUGGUUACUGAAUACGCUAGUAAAGGAGAGGUAUUCGAUCAUAUCAGUCUAUCUCAUGCAUUUACGGAGAAAGAAGCUAGGGAAUUAUUUUGGCAAAUCGUUUGUGCAAUCGAAUUCUGUCAUGCUUCAGGUAUUGUACAUCGAGAUUUAAAAGCCGAAAAUCUUUUAUUAGAUGCUGAUUUCAAAAUUAAAGUUGCUGAUUUUGGAUUUUGCAAUUUUUUUCAAAAUGAUCAAUUAUUAUCUACACAUUGUGGAAGUCCUCAAUAUGCUGCACCGGAAUUGUUUAAAGGUGAACCAUACGAUGGAACAUUGGCCGAUGUAUGGAGCUUAGGUGUUAUUUUAUAUAUUCUUGUUUGUGGUUCAUUUCCGUUUCCCGGUGAAUCCCUUGGUGAUAUUCGUACACAAGUACUUCGUGGUCUUGUACGUUUUCCAUUUUAUUUAUCAACUUCUUGUGAACAAGUUAUACGAUGUAUGUUACAGGUGGAUCCUAAUCGACGAUUCAAAUUAAAACAGGUUACGACCACCGCAUGGAUGCAAGAGUCUCCAAAUGUGGAACAUUAUAAAUCACUCAUGGACAAAUAUCAGAAGCAAGCAAAAGAACGUCAGUUCGAAGUUUUAUUUCGUCAUCAACAUCCGGAACACAGUAAAAUAGCUAAAGAAGAAUUUCUAGAAAGAAUUGAACGUAAACUUGAUAUUGGUGUUGUGAAAGCAUUGUCUAGAGAAGCAGGUUUAGAUGAAGAACAAAUUCGUCAGUCUACAAUUCAAAAGAAAUACGAUCGUUAUCAUGCAGCCUAUGAAUUAUUAAAAGAAAAAAUUAAAACAUUUUAUCAUAAUCCUAUUCUACGAAAUUUCGUUAAUGAUGAAGCCAAAAAACAAGCAGGCAUAUAUUCCAAACUAGUUACAACUCAAAGACCUGCAUGGCAGCCAACCUCUGAUAUUCUAGGUGGAUGCAAUUUAUCUGAAGAACAAGUCAAUACGAAUGUUUUAAGCAUAACCACAUCAACAACACAACCAUCUGCAAUGCUUAGUGUAUUAGAUGAAACAAUGUUAGAAGAACAAACUCCUCCGAGCGAUAUUAUCAUGUCCAGUGAUUCCAGUGAUCUAUCAGAUGUAAUGAUGAAGGAUACUUCUUUGUCUUGUACUAGUGUUCAUACAACUACUUCUACAACAAUGAGUACUGUUUUCAUCACGUCGUCCAAUCUUGAAAAAUCUGAAAACUCUUGUACUUAUAAUAAACAGAAUACAAUUGUUACAACUAAUAAGAAUGAUUUCAGUGAAAGUAGUUUAAAAGAGUGGAAAUGUGCUACACAGCCAAAAAAUACUGAAUUGAAUGCUGCCAUAUGUAUAUUAAAAGCUGAUGAAGAUGAAAUUCUCUCAAAUUUUGGUAUUGAUUCAGGGCCAAUAAAUAAAUCAUUUUCUAAUUCAAUACGACGUCAUACAUUACAAUUUACUACUUCAUUAUUUCGUAAACCAUCCAACCAACGUGAUAAUCCUGAUAAUAUUUUAACAAAUAAUGAUGAUGUUAGCAAUCAUCAGUCGGAUACAUCUUCUGCCACCAUCAACAGUAUGUCCAUAAAAAAUUCCAAUGCAAAAGCUAAACAAUCUCACGAAUUAACUGAUGUGAAUAACAACAGCAAAAGUUCUUCAUCUGAUGAAAAUAAUAGCAGUAAUAGUAAAACUAAUGGUAAUAGUGUUAAACGAACUACAGUACGUCGGUUUCCGCGUCAAAUUACUCAACCACAUUCAAAUAGAUUACAAUAUAAUCAAACUAGUCCGGAUAAUUCAGAUCAAAUGCUACUUAACCGUUUAGAUUGGUUACCAAAUACUUGGGAGACAACCCAGACGGGCUAUCGGAAAUCUCAUUUACUGCAAUCAUCAAGACCUUAUUUAAAUAAAAUUAGUAAACAAAAUGAACAAACAUUAACAUCACUUGAAUUAGGACAAGAAGCAGCUACCACAAAGUUACCACCAAUGAAAAGGGAUACAAUUACCAUAGAGACAACAACAGGUGAUGAUGAAGAAGAAGCAGAGCAAGACGAUGUUUCAAUUCUAAUUGAUCAGGAAAACAUCUUGCCAGAAGAAAUAUCACAGUCUAUCCAAUUUACAGAAAAUAUCUCAUCAGUUGGUGAUUAUGAUGUGACAGUAAUGAAUAAACCAAAUAUGGUAUCUGAAAAGGCAGAAUGUCCCAAUCCAGUUGAAUGCCCAUAUGAGUCUACAUCGAAAAGUCAACUGAUUCCUUCACAAUAUACUAAUUCACAAACACCAUCAUGUGAUCCUUUGCUGUUAGAUCGUAUUCCAGAACAAACUUCAAUAGAUAUGAACACAGAGACUAAUGAAAAAGUGAAUGAUACGGCACAUGUCCUAAUUGAAAAACCAACCUUACUAGAAGAUCCUUGCUGGUCAGCUGUUCGCAUUUCAGGUGGAGUGGAUGAAGAUGAUGAUAAUUCAUGUGAUCCAACAGCUGGAGUACUGCGUACACUACUUCCACAGCUUAACUUACCGGCGAACUUACCAGCUAUGAUUCAUCAACCUGUAGCUUGUUUUACUGUUAAGGAUCCAAAUUUACUUGCUCCACCAGAGUUUAUGACUCCACAUAGUUCUAGUUUUCCUCGUAGAUCAUCUGAUGGUGCCGCUGAUCUACAGCCACUUCAUCGACCAGUAAUCACAGUGGGGGGAAGUUAUCCGGAACAAGCAAAUUACCGUAAAGAGGAUUCUGGUGCUGAGAGUGAAAAUUCAUCUUUGUCUGUAAUCAAUACUGUGCAUAAUUCAAAACCAAAUUCCAUAGAAGGAACCACAUCAUCGGUGAAGAAUUCCGACUGGAUUCAAACAUCUCGACCAAAACACGACAAUUUUGAAAAUUCAAAACCGUUAUCCUCUUCAUCUAGUGAUCAGCCGCAACAAAGCUGUCAACAACAGCAACUCCCGGAAUCUCGUUCUCGAACAUUGGCCGCUCAACAACGUUCAUUAUUCUCUGCUUUACAUUCUCAAAGAAGACGUCUUCCUUUAGGAUUAUGGUGGAAACUUACACAUAAAAAAUUUAAUCAACCUGGUGAAAAUUUGAAAAGUGAAUUAUGGGAUGGACAAUUUAUUCGACAUCAGAAACGUUUUAGUUUACCUGUAAAUUGUGGACCCGUGAGACAACCAUCAGGCACCAUCAAAACUGAACUACAAUGUAGGUGUCAUCAACCAUUAACUUCCGAAUUAUUACAAGAAAUUGAACAAAAAUUACAUGAUACUUCAUGGAUUCAAAAAAUUCCAGCUUCUCAAAUUUCAAAUAUGCAAUGUAUAACUAGUGAAAAUAAAUUUAAUAUAGAAGAGAUACCAGAAAUUUAUCGUCGUGGAAGUGAAGCUAGUCAAAUGUCAGCAUGGGAGCAACGUUUAAGACAAUAUAAUGACCUAUAUGAUCCUGGCGCACAUGCUCAAGUGACAUCUAGUUUUCAUCAAGCAGUUCCUGAAAUAGAAGCAGAUGAAGACGAAGAGAAAUUAGUUUCAAAUUAUCCAUUCUUUACUUCUCCAUAUACUGAUGAUACAUCUGUUCCAAAUACAAGAUUAAUUACAACUAAAUGUCAAGAUAUCAGUUCAUAUAAUGAAACAAUCGAUACAGUAACAUCAAGAACAAAUACAAGUACUCCUCAAUUUGUACAAUAUAAAACACAACAAUAUUUAUCAAGUUCCUUCAUAGACGAUAAUCCAUCAAACCCUAUUUCAAAUAAACCGUACGAUUCACACAUAAGUGCUCCAAAUGUUUCCCCAAUUAGUCAAUCAGGUAUUGAAUUGACUGAUUUGAAAACUGAGCUACAUAAUCUUGAAGCAGAAAGAAGUGCUGGACAUUCAUCUUUUACUGGUGGUAUACUGGUAUCCUCUAUAGAAUCAUCACGAUCGGUAGAUGAUAAUAAAAUUCAUAAGUCAAAUGAAUCCACCCAUCUACCAGAAUUCAUAUUAUCUUCUGAAACAUCAAAUAUACCUUCGUUUUUAUCUGAUUGUGCCAUUAAUAUGCAACAAUCCACAUUACCGAUUAAAUAUACACUUAUACCAAAUGAACAAUCUCCGUCUACUUCUUCUUAUACACAUCGGUCUAGUGGUGACUUCGAUAAUAAAACACAUCGUCGGGCAUCAUCUGUCAUUGAUAAUCCGGUAACAUUAAAUUAUUUAAUUCCCCCUGACAGAGAUAUCUGUGAAACUUCAAAGGAUAACAUUCGUAGGCAUAGACAUUCUGUUAGCGAAAUGGUUGAUAAUAAACAAAAUUCUAAGUUUAAUUAUGAAUUUUGUUCCGGUGUAGGCUCCGAUGUAUUUAAUGUUAGUUCAGAAUUGCAUCAACCCACAAUACAUGUGGGUCUGAGUCCGGAUUUGGAAAGUACCGAGGUUCAACUACAUGAUGAGAUGAGCAUAAAAUCACUUUCUUCCUUUUCCAUGGUUGAAACACCAUCUAACACCAAUAUGAAUAAUACAGGUAUUGGUCAGCGCCUUUUCGAACGAUUACAUCCUGAUCGACCAAACUAUCUACAUAUAUUACAACAUUCAGGCGGAUCAUCAGAUCGACGUUUGAGUCCUGAUUUCCUAAGAAGUCCUCGUAAAAAAAUCUAUCAAGAAUGGUUACCUAAGUUAACGGAAUUAUCACACAAAGCAUUUGAUGUUGCUCGCGAUAAGAUGAAUAAAGUCAGAGCCACUACUAAUUCACAAUCAUUAGUUUAUAAUCUAGUCCAUUCAGAUAUACUUCAUCCAUCAACACAUUGUUAUACAGCCAAUAAAACAAACUCAAUGCAUAAAGAUGAACGUAAUAAUGAAUGUUGUUUGAGUGAUAUAAUUAAUAAAUCACAGGUUGGUCAGAAUUCCAGUACUACUGGUGUUAUUUUACAUGAGAAAGAUGACAAAGUUAAUCCUGUAGAUGUUGAUCCAGAUCCAGAGUUGGAUCCAGAUAUCGAUGAGGAAGAAGAUGAUGAAAAAAACUGUGCUUUAGCUCCACUACAAACUCAUAAAAUUAACGCAAACAACCCAUCGACUCAUCAUUCAUCUCGACAGAGACAUAGGAUAAUGAACCAAAAUAUUGGACAAAAUUUAACCUAUCCACAACAGGUAAUGCCUUUCUUUCAUGGUAAUUUACUAAACCCAACUGUUAUUCAACAACAGAAUCAGAAUACAUUAAUUUCUCAGUUACCUAGUGGUACUACUGGAAUUAAUACUUAUGGUCUUCAAGAUUUAGUCGAUUUCUCAAAUCCACAAGCUUUGCCUGCAGCGGCAGCUGCCGCUUCAUUAUUACUUUUCCGUUCGAGUGAUGAUGAUGAAGAUUUAGCUGCUAUUGAUCGUGUUAAUCAACGUUUAGCUUUAAGUAGAUUAACUGGGAAUUUUACAGAUACAAAUCAAUUAAUAAAUGAUUAUCCUAAUUUGCUUGGCCCAACACCUCCCCAUCAAACAUUAACACCUCAACCGCAAUCAUUGUUACCACCAACAAUACAACCAAUUAGAUCUUUACCUAUAACACAAUCAACCCUUCAAACACAAUUUUCACAUUCCACAACAAUAAAUGAAGCUUUAGUAAAUAGACGAAACAAUGUGCUGCAUCAUGAUUCACAUAACUAUUCCCAAUCUUCAACAAUUUCAACUAAUCCUCAUACAAUUACAGAUAUUGAUGAUAUCAAUGCACCAAUCAAUUCACAAGCGCCCAGAAGUUAUGAAACUGCAUCAAACUAUGAUCAAAAAUGAUUAUGCUUAUUGAUG